CUCUGUGCCUGUACGAAGCUUUGGUCCUUUUCACAUAAAGAGCUCAUUUGGGUUAAAAGGUAAUCUAAGAGAAAUGAUGAUUCCUUAUCAUGGCUAAGGAAACUGUGGUUCCUUGAGAUGUAGCAGCUUGCUCCAAAACUCCCAGCUAGUGACCGAGAGAGUAUGCUUCAAAUCUAAGGCUUCUGGCUCUGUCUAUAAUCCCUAGCUACAUGUGGCUAUUUAAAUUAUUAAAGUUAAAAACUUAAAAUUCACUUCCUCAUUCCCACCAGAGGUGUUUCAGGUGCUCAAAUACAAAUGACUAAUUCCUACCAUGUCAGAGAGUACAUACAUAGAACAUUUCCAUCACUGGCGAAAGUUCUGUUGGACAGCACUAGACCUUGGUGACUCCUUGAAGUUAAAAAACAAACCAAACACGGUGCUCAAGUCCUGACUCUCGAGGCUGAAUUUGCGUGAGUUCCUAAUGUUCUGUGCGCUUGUUUCUUAUUCCAUAAAGUGGAGAUACUGUGAACAGGCCGACAUGGUACUGUGUUAUAGGUACUGAAUAAACUACAGCUGAUUUUUCCACCAGAGCAGUAUCCAAACUGAAAAUUUCCAUUGCACUAGGCUUGGGGGUUGGUGGAGUGACCUUAUCCCUGUCUUGGAGAGACUUGGGGGGUGGAUAGUGAAAGCUGAAUGUGUAAGUAGGUGCACUGAAGUGUUUUUGCAAACUGAUUCUGUGGUAGUCUACCCGGGAGGGGAGGUGGUAUAUUUAUGGAAGUGGGUGACAGGAAAAGUUUCAGGCUUUGAGCUGAGCUUUUCAAAAGGUUUUUUCCAGACCACCAAAGAAGUCUCUUGAGGUGGAGGAUAGGUAAUGUUAAAGGGAGGAGGGGUUGGGGGUGGGGGCAACUUGGACAGCUACCAUCCCCUUUAUGACAUUACCAGUGACGGCCACCUCCUGCCUUACAGAAUUAGGUGUGUCCUCUGGGGGCACGGGUAUGUUUUAACUUUGCAGUGGAUGUUAAAGGUGCUCACGGUGAAGCUGGUGGUUCAAAAGAGUAUGGCAGCUGCUCACUCAACCCUCACAGGACGGCAUUGCCUGGGUUCCCUUGUCCUCUGGCGAGGAUUCUCCAAGCCAUCUCACCACAUGGGCCGGCUCAGAAACGCCAGAAUCCACGUGGAGAGAGCUGUCAAGCAGAAAAAGAUCUUUAUGAUCCAAGGCCGCUACCCAGUGAUACGGUGCCUCUUGCGCCGGAGAGGCUGGGUGGAGAAGAAGAUGGUCCAUCACUCGGGCACCAUUCUGCCACCAUCCCAGAAGGAUCUGGAUAGCUCGGUAAUCGGUGACAGUGACACCACUGAGGAUGGGACAGGAGCCUCACCAGGCCGGGGCUCUACGUCCACAGAGGAUGAAGAAGAGGACGAGGCAUUUCGGCCAUCGCAGCUGUUUGACUUUGAUGAUUUCCUGGAAUUUGAUGACCUAGAUGGGACACAUGCUCUGAUGUCCCGCAUGGUUCGGAACGAGGUUCCCUAUUUCAUCUGGACCACUCGACGGGAUGUGCUGGACUGUCGCUUCCUCUCCAAGGAUCAAAUGAUAAACCACUAUGCCCGGGCUGGCUCCUUUACCACAAAGGUGGGUCUAUGUCUCAAUCUCCGGAAUUUGCCGUGGUUUGAUGAGGCUGAUGCUGACUCCUUCUUUCCACGCUGCUACCGCCUGGGAGCUGAGGAUGACAAAAAGGCCUUCAUAGAGGACUUCUGGCUGACAGCUGCUCGCAACGUUCUCAAGCUGGUGGUAAAGUCCGAAUGGAAGUCAUACUCUACCCAGGCAGAAGAGGAAAAGUCCCCAGGAGACAAGCAGCCCAAGAAACAGGAGAAAAAGCCAGUGAUGGUGUCCCCAGAGUUUGUGGACGAGGCUCUGUGCGCCUGUGAAGAGCACCUUAGCAACCUGGCUCACAUGGAUAUCGACAAGGACCUGGGGGCGCCGCUGUACCUCAGCCCUGAGGGCUGGUCCAUCUUCCUCCAGCGCUACUACCAAGUGGUUCACGAGGGGGCAGAACUCAGGCACCUUGACGCUCAGGUCCAGCGCUGUGAGGACAUCCUGCAGCAGCUGCGGGCUGUGGUGCCCCAGAUGGACAUGGAAGGAGAUCGCAACAUCUGGAUCGUGAAGCCGGGAGCCAAGUCCCGAGGACGAGGCAUCAUGUGUAUGGACCACCUGGAGGAGAUGCUGAAGCUGGUAGAUGGCAAUCCCAUGAUGAUGAAGGACGGCAAGUGGGUGGUACAAAAGUAUAUUGAACGGCCUCUGCUCAUCUUUGGCACCAAAUUUGACCUGAGACAGUGGUUCCUGGUGACCGACUGGAACCCACUUACCGUGUGGUUCUAUCGUGACAGCUACAUCCGCUUCUCCACACAGCCCUUCUCUUUGAAGAACCUUGACAACUCAGUGCACCUGUACAACAACUCCAUUCAGAAGCACCUGGAGAACUCAAGCCAUCGGCACCCACUCCUGCCCUCGGACAACAUGUGGUCGAGCCAGAAGUUCCAGGCCCACCUGAAGGAGAUGGGGGCCCCAGACGCUUGGUCCACUGUCAUUGUGCCCGGCAUGAAGGCUGCUGUGAUCCAUGCCCUGCAGACCUCCCAGGACACCGUGCAGUGUCGGAAGGCCAGCUUCGAGCUCUACGGUGCUGACUUUGUGUUUGGUGAGGACUUCCAGCCCUGGCUGAUCGAGAUCAAUGCCAGCCCCACCAUGGCCCCCUCCACUGCUGUCACCGCCCGGCUGUGUGCAGGUGUGCAAGCCGAUACCCUGCGUGUGGUCAUCGACCGGCGGCUAGACCGCAACUGUGACACGGGAGCCUUUGAGCUCAUCUACAAGCAGCCUGCCGUGGAGGUACCCCAGUAUGUGGGUAUCCGGCUCUUAGUAGAGGGCUCCACCAUCAAGAAGCCCCUGGCAAUGUGUCACCGGCGGAUGGGGGUCCGCCCAGCACUCCCUCACCUGCUGACCCAGAGAGGCUCUGGGGAAGGCAAGGACUCGGGGACCCUUACCCACAGGUCAGCUCCUAGGAAAGUUGCUGGGGCCAGGAGCCUGGGGCACACUGAGAAGCCAACCUUCACUGCCACCACCUCGGCCCCCGGAAAGGGGAAGAAAGGCAAGGCGAAAAGUGCCACAGCCCUGGUCUACCCCAACCUCCGGAAGUGGGAGCCCCCCAGCACCAGGAUGGGCUGCAUUUUCACCAUGACCUUUGCUAGUGGGGACAGGCAACCCCACCCCUUGAGCAGAUUGCCAUUGAGUCCGAAGAACCCCCAGGCCCUGGCCCCUUCCCAUUUCCCCGGCGUCCACACCAAGGCCCGGCUGCCUUCUCCCCAUGUGCUCCGAUCCCAGGGGCGAGUCCUCAGACUGCAACACAGCAAGCUGGUGGGCUCUAAGGCUCUGUCAACCACAGGCAAGGCCUUGAUGACUCUACCUACUGCCAAGGUUUUGAUUUCCUUCCCACCUAACUCUGAGCUCAAGUUGGCAUCCAGCGUCCUGAAACCAAGAAAGGCUGUUGCUUCCCAGCGCCUUCGUGGUCCCCAUCCUGGAAGUGCCUUGUGGCCUCUACCUUUUGAAGUUGGAAAUCUUCCUAGCACCCACAGGAAGAUCAAAGCCAAAGGCAAGUUCAAGACCAGACUCUGUGACAAACCCAAGGCUGAGGCAUGCCUCAUGAAGACACUGAGCCUUCCAGGACCCCUGCCCUUUAUCAAAGCAUACCAGGAGCUAGGGGGCAUGGGGGACGUGAGGCCAGAGAAGCCCUUGCUUUGGUCCUCACUGCCCCGUCCUGGAUGCAGUGCCAAAUAAAAAGGAGCAAGUGAAGUUUCCUGGGCUUGGCUCCAUUUCUGUUGGAUGGUGAAGAGAGAGUAGGCUGGGGCCCUGUGCCCCAACAUCCAGAGUGAGAGCUAGAGGCUGUCAAACACCCUUCCACAAAGCAAAGGGCCAGAAUUCCACCCCAUAGCGACAGGCAUGGGGUUUCCUAUGCAGUGUGUCUCUGGCAUCUCUGAUCUUGGAUUGGGGUUUAAGCCUCACUUUGUAGAUGAAAAAAUGGAGUCUGAACGAGGAGACAUGGCUUGCCCAAGAUCAUGUGGCAGUGAGAAGGCUAGGACGUAUUGCCAGACUGCUCACCACUGGGAGAUCCCCAAGGCCCAAGUCCAGGGGAGAACCUGGCCCAGCAGCAGAGUGACAUCUAACAGGUGUCAGAUUUACACCACGAGAUGGGGGAAGGAUGGACCUCGCCUAAACACCAGCCCUUCUCCAGAGCGAGUUGGUCUGUCCCUCCCUCAGCAAGGGCCCAUGGUCUCCUGGAAAGGAAAUAUCCGACCAGCCACACCCAUCUGAAAAACUUUGGUAUUUCUUAGUUGUAGUGAGUUGAAUGUUAGUUAGCCUCCCUUCCCCAAAAGAUAUAUCUGCCUGGAACCUGUGAAUAAGUUCAUUUGGAAAAAUGGUCUUCAUAGAUGUGAUUAAGUUAAGGAUCUUGAGAUGAGAGUACUCUGGAUUAUCCAGGUGAGCCCUAAAUGCAAUGACAAGUGUCCUUAGAAGACGCAAACAUGAGAAGACCAUGUGAAGAUGAGGGCAGACUGAUGUGAUGUGGCCAUAAGUCAAGGCUUGCAGCUGCCAGGAGCUGGAAGAGGCAAGGAUUCAUCUUCAGAGAGCUUCAGAGACUUCAGAGAGCACAGUCCUGUUGACACCUUCAUCUCAGACUUCUGGCCUCCAGACAGAUCUCUGAGAAAAUCAGUUUCUGUUAUCUUAAGCCACUCAGGUUGUGGUAAUUUUGUUAUAGCAGUCCUAGGAAACUAAUACUCUAGUCAAGUGAAGAUACAUAUACUCUGCCAGCAUCUCUGACGUAACUGAACCAGGAAAUGCACACAAGCAGCUUCACACCAGUGUUGUGCUAAGAGCUGAAUGAUGAUGUUAACAGUAGAAUGGAUCAACUGGGAGAGUCAUGCACUGGAAUUCAAACCCACAGCACACAACACAGAUGCAUAUUUGGUGGAAAAACUUAAGACAAACAAGGAAAGCUCCCAUGUCAGGGGAGGGGUUUCCAACCUAGACUGAACAGUAGAACCCCUUCAGGAGCUUCAAAAAAGAUUGAUGCCAGGAUCUCCAGCCCAGACUGACUAAAUUGGUAUCUUUAGGGUGCAGAAUCCCAGGGAAGGAAGGGGCUUUUUAAAAGUUUCACUGAGGGGGUUCUAAUGUGGGGCCAGGGUUGAGAACUGCUAUCCUAACAGGGAAGGAGAGGUAUGUUUCUAUUUCAUGCCAAGUGGUGUUUAUAUGGGAGUCGCCUUGUAAUUAUUCUUUAAAUCACAGAGCUAUUUAUGUACUCUUCGUAUGUUUGAUAUAUUUAACAAUUUUUUCAAGUAAAAGGUCUAAGAUCUUGACUUAUAUGAAGUCCCUGGAGUAAUCAGAUUCAUAGACACAGAGGAGAAUGGGGCUACUGGGAGGUGGGAGGACGGGAUGGGGUGUCAGUGUUUAGUGGGGCAGAGUUUCAGUUCUGCAGGCUGAUGAGAUGUGACAGUUGCACUACGAUGUGAACAUACUUAAUGCCACUGAACUGCUCACUUAAAAAUGGUUAAGAUGGUUGGGGCACUGGGUGGCUCAGUGGGUUAAG